UUUUCUUAAAAAACUCCACCAUUUUCUUUUAUGGUCCCUCCACUACUGAAAAGGAUUAAUAAGGCCCAAAAUUCAGUGGAACAGACAACCAAAGCAAAGUGGUUUCAUUUCAAGCAAAUCAAUUUAUAAAUAGAGAGAAGUAGUGGAGUAGCCAACUGCAUUAAGGCUCAACUGGGUCUUUGUAUUUUGUUUCACAGUACAAAUGGAAGCAAUUACAAGCUGGUUGUUUUUUCUUGUCUGUUUGAUGGUGGUUUUUCCUGCAAAAGGCCAACUAGAAACUGGGUUUUAUUCUUCUUCAUGCCCAAAAGCUGAGGCCAUAAUCAGGUCCACCGUUCAAUCCCACUUUGAUAAAGAUCCUACCAUCGCAGCAGGCUUGCUCAGGCUUCAUUUCCAUGACUGCUUUGUUCAGGGCUGUGACGGUUCUAUUCUGAUUUCCGGCUCUUCUGCCGAGAGGAAUGCUUUGCCCAACUUGGGAUUAAGAGGGUUUGAAGUAAUAGAUGAUGCAAAAACACAGCUAGAGGCCUUGUGCCCUGGUGUUGUUUCAUGUGCUGAUAUUCUAGCUUUAGCAGCUCGUGAUGCUGUGGACCUGAGUGAUGGACCAAGUUGGUCAGUUCCCACUGGGAGAAGAGAUGGCAGGGCUUCUUUGUCAUCCCAAGCCUCAAAUUUACCGUCUCCUCUUGAUUCAGUCGCUGUGCAGAGGCAAAAAUUUGCUGCUAAAGGUCUCGACGACCGUGAUCUUGUAACGCUUGUUGGAGCACAUUCAAUUGGCCAAACGGACUGCAUAUUUUUCAGAUACCGUCUAUUCAAUUUCACAGCAACUGGAAACUCCGAUCCAACCAUAAACCCAUCAUUCUUACCACAACUUCAAGCUCUUUGCCCUCAAAAUGGAGAUGGAUCAAAAAGGGUUGCUCUGGAUAAAGAUAGCCAGAGCAAAUUCGAUGUGAGUUUCUUCAAGAAUGUGAGGGAUGGGAAUGCAGUUCUUGAGUCGGACCAGAGACUGUGGGGUGAUGCUGCAACUCAUAGCAUUGUGGAAAAAUAUGCUGGAAACAUAAGGGGAGUAUUUGGGCUUAGAUUUGAUUUCGAGUUUAGAAAAGCCAUGAUCAAAAUGAGUAGCAUUGAGGUGAAAACUGGUUCACAGGGUGAGAUUAGAAAAAUAUGUUCGAAGUUUAACUAACUAAAUCCCUUGUACUAUAUAUAUCACAGAAAAGCGGAGCAGAAAUGUGGUGAAUAAAUUAAUGUAAUAAAGAACCAAAUUUAAAAAUAUAAAUCGUCGCCUGAGAGAUUCGAACUCUUGCGGGGAAACCCCAUGUACUUAGCAGGCACACGCCUUAACCACUCGGCCAAAGCGACUUUGCGUUGUGACCGAUAAUCUUUAACUAUAUAAUUGUUUUUAUAAUUUUCAUUCUCCAAUACAAGUAACAUCACAUAUUUACAUGGAAUUAAA